CGUAACAUCGAUAUGUUUGACAAGAAAGUGACAACACUUUGCUUCAGCUGGCGGAUUGUUGAAGCGCUGUAGGGUUCGUGCAGGAUGAGAGAAGUCGAUUAAUUUUCUAGCGGGAUGUAUCGAUUAUUGUCGAAAACAUUAGGGUUCACGGGCUAUGUAAUUCAGUAUGCGUGCAUUACACAUUGCACUUUCGAAUACUUAGGCGAGUUCGUGGUGUGCACGGGGCCAUCUAUGGAGCCAACCCUAUAUACAAAUAAUGUGCUAGUUACGGAAAGGAUUACGGCUAGAAUGAAUAAAGUACAGCGAGGUGACAUUGUAAUUGCGCACUGCCCCACGGAUCCGAAAAGCCAAGUUUGUAAGCGUGUCGUCGGCUUACCCGGUGAUCGAAUAGUUGUUAAGCCUAUAAACAGUGAUCCGGCAGCCGUAGUUUGGGGUGCGGAUUCCGAUAAAUCAUUUGCCAAUCGAUCUUUAGAUGAAGAAGUUCAGAGUGCAUUGCAUGAGAAAAAUGCUCCUGUAAUGCAAUCAGCGAAAGGAGAAGUUAUUGUUCCACGAGGUCAUGUCUGGAUUGAAGGCGAUAAUGCUGCAAACAGUGCGGAUUCUAGGUAUUAUGGGCCAGUGCCUCUGGGCUUGAUAAACAGUCGAGCUAUUUGUCGCAUAUGGCCCAUAAAUGAUUUAAAGCUGUUAAUUUGAAGAAAAAAGUCGAUGUAAAGCGUUUAGUUAAAAGGUU